AUGUGUUUGUCUACUGUUUCUCGAUGUUUUUAUAUUCGUUUGUUUUCCGUAGACCUACGAUUGCAAGUACUCACUGCACUUUCGGUUUUGGCCGUGACCACUAGUCUGGCCUCGUUGUUCCUCCGAUUCGGAUCGGAUUUGGUUUUCGACAAGCAACCGGAAUUCAGUCAGCCAUCAGUUGGAACAAAAGCAUCCAGCACUCAAGCAGACACGUCCGGUGAGGAACCCACGCGUCUGACCAUUACCACCGGUGACCGUUCUGCUUUGGAAUUCACUCUGAUCUAUACGAUGUGGAACACGUAUAUGGCCGCUCUUGCUUUGAUCUAUUCACCCGCAGCUGAUGCCAGUCGAGAAGUGCUUUUCAAAGACAAUCCAUCUGUAUCUAUGAUGAACGAUUCUGACGAAGAGGUCGUCUACGAGUAA